AUUUUAAGUAAAAUUUUACCGCAAAUGGAAAUAAUUUUUUUAGUCAACGUUUUCCACUCAAAGAGAUCAUUUUUUACCAUUAACAAAAAACGAUGAAAUCUAUUUGCUUUCUUUUGUCUUUCUUACUAAUUAAUUCGUUGCAAUUAGUUAUCGGGGAUGGUGAUGAUGAUGCGGCCUCAAUUCUAACAAAGUGUCAAAUUGAAGUUGAUGCUCCCGAUGAUGAGGUAAAACUAAUUGUGGAUAAGAAAAUGCCAACCUCACACAUCGGAUUCUGUUUGUUGACUUGUCUCUACGAACACGCAGGCAUUAUCGAAGACGGAGAGUUUGUGGUGGAAAAUUUAAAUAAAUUGAUAGGAGGAAGUGAUGGUGGGUCGGUUGGAGGUAGAAUGGCCAAACAAUUCAUUAAAGAAGUAACCAAAGACUGCAAAGACGUGCAUAAUGAUGAUAAAUGCUAUUUGUCGAGGGACAUCGUUUUGUGUGCGGCCGAAAGUAUAUCAAAACACGCAAGUCUACUGAAGGAAUUAUAAAUUAUUGGUAAAUGAUGUACCUACUGCUACAUGUUCGAAAUAAAAUUUGUUACACCUUGUA